GUUUCCCUGGUCGGCGGGUAGCGGCGGCCGGGGGUGACUCGCUGUUGCCAGCGGUGGCUGCGGAGCGCCGGGCGGCUUCGCCGCGGCGGGCUGGGCUGGGGCUGCGCUGGGGCUGGGCUGAGCUGGGCUCUGCCCGCAGGCCCCGCGCCGCGCUCCCGAUCCUUCUGAGUUGUACUUGAAGCCGCCAAAAUGGUUCUAGCAGAUCUUGGAAGAAAAAUAACUUCAGCAUUACGCUCACUGAGCAAUGCUACGAUUAUCAAUGAAGAGGUUUUAAAUGCUAUGUUAAAAGAAGUAUGUACAGCAUUACUGGAAGCUGAUGUUAAUAUUAAACUUGUGAAGCAACUCAGAGAAAAUGUCAAGUCUGCAAUUGAUCUUGAAGAAAUGGCGUCUGGCCUUAACAAAAGAAAAAUGAUUCAGCAUGCUGUCUUUAAGGAACUUGUUAAGCUUGUAGAUCCUGGAGUCAAAGCAUGGACACCUACCAAAGGAAAACAGAAUAUUAUAAUGUUUGUUGGUUUGCAAGGCAGUGGUAAAACAACAACCUGUUCAAAGUUAGCAUACUUCUAUCAGAGGAAAGGUUGGAAGACUUGUUUAAUAUGUGCAGACACAUACAGAGCAGGUGCUUUUGACCAGUUGAAGCAGAACGCCACAAAAGCAAGAAUUCCUUUUUAUGGGAGUUAUACAGAAAUGGAUCCUGUAAUUAUUGCUUCAGAAGGUGUUGAGAAAUUUAAGAAUGAAAACUUUGAAAUAAUCAUUGUUGAUACAAGUGGACGUCACAAACAGGAGGACUCUUUGUUUGAAGAGAUGCUACAAGUUGCUAAUGCCAUACAACCAGAUAACAUUGUUUAUGUGAUGGAUGCUUCCAUUGGCCAAGCUUGUGAAGCUCAAGCUAAAGCUUUCAAAGACAAAGUAGACGUAGCUUCUGUUAUUGUUACUAAGCUUGAUGGACAUGCAAAAGGAGGUGGAGCUCUCAGUGCAGUUGCUGCCACGAAGAGUCCUAUCAUUUUUAUUGGAACUGGCGAACACAUAGAUGACUUUGAACCCUUUAAAACACAGCCUUUCAUCAGCAAACUUCUUGGUAUGGGUGAUAUCGAAGGAUUGAUAGAUAAAGUAAACGAGUUAAAGUUGGAUGAUAAUGAAGCACUCAUAGAGAAGCUCAAACAUGGUCAAUUUACACUAAGAGAUAUGUAUGAACAAUUCCAAAACAUCAUGAAAAUGGGACCAUUCAGUCAGAUCUUGGGUAUGAUCCCUGGUUUUGGAACUGACUUCAUGAGUAAAGGCAAUGAGCAGGAAUCGAUGGCAAGGCUAAAGAAACUGAUGACUAUAAUGGACAGUAUGAAUGACCAAGAACUGGACAGUACAGACGGUGCCAAAGUUUUCAGUAAGCAACCAGGAAGAAUCCAAAGAGUGGCAAGAGGUUCAGGUGUUUCUACCAGAGAUGUUCAGGAGCUUUUGACCCAAUACACCAAGUUUGCACAGAUGGUGAAAAAGAUGGGAGGCAUCAAGGGGCUUUUCAAAGGUGGUGAUAUGUCAAAGAAUGUAAACCCAUCUCAGCUGGCCAAACUGAACCAGCAGAUGGCAAAGAUGAUGGAUCCAAGAGUUCUUCAUCAUAUGGUGUGUGAUUUCCUGGGAGAAAAGAUUGCAUCUGUGCUGGGGAUAAGCACACCAAAAUACCAAUAUGCCAUUGAUGAGUAUUACAGAAUGAAGAGAGAGGAGGAAGAGGAGGAACAGGAAAACAAGAUGUCGGAAGAAGCAGAAAGACAGCAUCAGGAACAGCAGAACAAGCCCCAGGCUGAAGCUCCUGUCCGGACAGACCAGCCUGAAGCAACAGCAUGCACUUCAUUUGUGAAUGUAAACUUUGAAAACGAGGGAGAUGGCCAGUCUGUUGGGGAAAACAAACAAGAUGUAGUUCCUGUCCCUCCUUAAGUGUAAAGGUCUGUAUAAUGUAGGAAAUAGGAAGUGUCAGGUGUCACAAUCUGGCUAUAAGAAGCAGGAAAAAUAGGAUUAUACUUGUUCAGUGAAAUAACAACUUCUAGCAUUCUUAUUGAUCAGGAGAGAGCUAGGCAGUAUCUGUUCAGUCUGUCUGCCUAAUAAAGGCUGAGGUGUUCUGCCAAACUGGCACUUCAGUUAAAAUGAAAAUUGCACUACAAACAUUUGGUCUAAAAUUGAAUGUGUGAGCUAAUUUCUGUGGAAAGAAGUAAAAAUGUCUUUUCCUUGAAUUGCUGUGUCUGUAACCCCUGUGGAUUGCAGAUGCAGUGCUGCUUCCUACUUCUAAAACACCUAUUUCUGAUUUGCACAUUGUUUGCAACUUGGCUCUCUGUGAAUAGAUUAAUAGGAAUCAAUACCCUGUAACUCAAGUCAUUAUAAUAGUGUCUUAUUUCCCCUAUUUAUUGUCACUAUUGUAUGCAUGUAUUUUUUUUCUGUUGUUGUUUAACACGAGAUAAUGUUAGAUUUAAUGUUAAUUAGAUUUAAGGGUCCACUGACUUUUUUUUUUAAAAUUAAAGAAAAACAUUAAAGGAGGCUGUAAACACCCUUAAGAACUUACUGACAAGUACCAGCACUUUUGGAGGCUGACAGUGCUCAGCUGUUCCAUUCAGUGCUGCAGCCAAGUACAGAACUAGCAUCAGUGUAAGAUGUUCUCACUCCCAAGUCCAAAAACAAAGAGAUCCACCUGCUUGAAUACUUCAUAUUGCUCCCAGCAGUCUGGGAAACAAACUAAGGUCUUGCUAAAUUAUACUGAAUGCACCAGACACUGCCUACAUUACCAGUCUAGAACUAUGAAAACUUUUUUGGACAUAGUUUACCUGAGUCAGUGUACUUGAUUAACCUAAACAGAGUACUUGUUUAGUGUUAAAUUACCAGUAAGGGAUGUGCCAUUGCAAGUGUAACCCCUUUAGCACAGAAUACAUGAAUAACUAGAAAUCACAAAACCAAACUUAUGAUUCUUUUUCUUAAAUAAAACUUCGUUGCAGUCCUGCAACAACAGUAACUUUUUUUUUUUGUCUAAGUGAAAUGCAGGUAGCUCCAAAGCUUUUAAAUAGCCCCAAAUACCAAUUAAGGUUAUUUUAACUGCAAUGACUGUCAUUUUGCUGUGGCUUGUAAAAGGUGACUCAUUUACUUUGUGACAAUCAGAUGUCAGUGCCCCAGUCACUUUUGUUACAGAACUAUUAUAGAUAAAGGAGCAGAGAAUCUGUACUAGUUACCAUGUAAAACAUUACUUCAGUGAAAUUUUGUGCUGGGUAUCGUCAUAUGUCCCUGGCCUUGGUCCCACUACCAACUGAGGAGCCUGACGUAACACCGGAGGCUGGCUGACUUGGCUAUUAGUUUCCAGAGUUCAAUUAUAUAUUUCAGACAACCCUCUGCCUGUAGAGCACAACUUCCCUCUCCUCUCAUCUGCCCUUACCAUUCCAGCACUACAGAAGGUCUUAUGAGGAGGAUUCAUCAGCUCUAUUCCAUCCGUUUUGAUACUCUGUUCUUUGCCUCUUUUUGAAUUGUAAGACAGAGGGUGCUGACAGCUGUGUAAAGUCAUUCCUCAGCCCAAAACACCUGCAAGGGAGAGUUGGUUCAACACCUGGGGAACACACAGAAAAGCAGCUUGUUGAGAGUUCUUAUACUGUCAGAGGUAGAAAGCCUCAUGUAGCUCAAGGGUAAAACCUUUACAGCUGAAGGAUAUUUUGCUUUUCUGCCAAGACAUUAGUGUCAGUUGUGUUGGUUUCCCCUCCCCCUAUUAUCUGUUGCAUCAGAAAUGGUCUCACUGCCUUGGGUUUAAACUUCUUUGUAUAAAAUACUGUAUUACUCACUGUGCCUUAACUUAAUCCUUCCUUCAGUUUUUUGCAAACUGUAUGAAAGUGGUUACUUUCAUAAUGGUUUAAUUUUUCUGUAAAUGCAUUAAUUGGUUAUUUUAUAUUUAAUAUAAUUUUUGAACUGGAA